UAAUACACUGCUACGGUGAAGACCCGAACGACCCUUUUAUGAUUUCUUAAAUUUCCCAAAAUAAAAUCCCUUUUUCCCCCAUUCAGAUCAAAUUGAAUCAAUUGAUUUAAGGUUAUUCUGAGCUGUGAAGUGCUUGUUCUGAUUAUAAAGGAGUGAAUAAGGAUGCAGGCUUCAAGGGCAAGGCUUUUCAAAGAGUACAAAGAAGUACAGAGAGAGAAAUCUGCUGAUCCAGAUAUUCAAUUAGUUUGUGAUGAUUCUAAUAUCUUUAAAUGGACGGCUCUUAUUAAAGGGCCAUCUGAAACUCCUUAUGAUGGCGGAGUUUUCCAGCUUGCCUUCUCAGUUCCGGAGCAGUAUCCUUUGCAACCUCCUCAAGUGCGGUUCCUGACCAAAAUAUUUCACCCAAACGUGCAUUUUAAGACUGGAGAGAUUUGUCUUGAUAUUUUGAAGAAUGCGUGGAGCCCAGCAUGGACACUCCAGUCUGUUUGUCGAGCUAUAAUUGCUUUGAUGGCUCACCCCGAAGCUGAUAGUCCACUAAACUGUGACUCAGGUAAUCUUCUUCGAUCUGGUGAUAUCAGAGGAUAUCAGUCGAUGGCAAGGAUGUACACUAGACUCGCAGCAAUGCCCAAGAAGGGCUGAAAACGACGUGCUUGUAAUAAUGGCAUUAACAAAACUUGAAUCAUUGCGCAUCUGUUUAGUGUUUUCUAACAACUGUGCAUGAACUAUUGCGUUUUAAUUUUUGUUUUUUCGCAGCGAUUUCUGAUACAACUGCUCAUCACUUUAGCAGGUUUCUUGUGUGCCUUUAGCAAGUGGAAUAUGUUUAAAUCAUCUUGAUUUUUGUACCUUGCAGAAAUAAUGCUAAAUGGAUAUCUGAUAUAGUGUUCAUUGUUGUGAUACUA